UCUAUUUCAAUUCCACAUGGCGCGUUCAGCAGAUGUUGUGAAACGUUGUCAGCGGGUGAAUCUCUGAACUACAGUGAUAAUUUACCUGCCAGUCUUCUAUCUAAGAAGUUAGAGACUUCUGUCAUGAAACUGACAGCUCUAAACUUAGCAACAUCACUUCCUCGAGCUGUCAGUAAGGAAGUAUCGAACCUGGUAGGAACCCGAAGCUUCUUAUUAAGUGCGUAAUGGAGAAACUGCUCCAGGGAGAUGUUUAUCGAAACCUCUUUUGGCUUUCCCAUCGUGGAAAGGUAAUUUUAUUUAACUGCAAACGAGGUCCAGGCGUAAACAAGGGCGAGAAAAGUGAACUAACUUUCUGCUGCGUCUCAUUUGAACGGGAAGACAGCAAGUUCAUGAAGGCAUCAGAUGGAGUGGCUGUCAUGGAGGGGAGAAACACAGGGAACUUUGUGUGUAUUGUGAAAUGUAAAUGCGUCCUAAACGUGCAGAAAAGAGUCACUACACCGUGUGUUUUGGUGACGAAGAAGAGUGAGAAAGAGGAGAGCUUCCAGUACAGCCUGCUCACGCUGAGCGACCGACUGGAGCCCUGCUUUGAGUUUAAACUACCUUAUCAAAUGAAGGAAAACGUGUCCCUUCUUCAUGGCCCCACAGUGAUGUGGAGCCAUGCUGGUAGUGUCUUCUACACAUCUCCACAGGCUGGAGAGGUGAGACAGAUACCAAUUCAGUUGUCCCACAGUGUCUUUGGGGAAUUCCCGUCCCUUAAUGAAAGACUUUUUAUUCUUGGACAGCAAAACAAUUCUGAAAAGUUCCCAAAUAAUCCACCCACUAGGCAAACCCUGGGAUAUGUUGUGGAGAGUGGACAUGUGUUUGAUGGCAAUAUGAUUUUGCCUCAUCCCUACAUUUGCAUUACACAGUGCAUCCUGAUGCUCUCAUCUGAUAAAGAAGAAAACAUGUUGACAUCUGCUUUGGUUGCAGCAACUUCGAAUAAGCAACUUGUUUAUUUUGAGAAUGGGACAGUGAAAGAGACAUGUCAGCUCCCCUAUGAGCAACCUGAAAACAUACAGGUGGUCAACACAGGGAGAAAUGGCUGCCUGUUUGUAGUAUCAUUUCUCCAGGGGCAUGUGUGUGCUAUUUGGAGGGAUACAUUUCAGAUAGCCUCCCACUGGUCUGGAGUCAGCUCUGUCCUCGUGGAUGACUUUGUGGGAUGUGGAACAGACCAGAUGCUGUUGGUUUUCGUAAAUCAGGGCAUAUCGGGACAACUGUUGGAAAAUUUCCUCCUCACUGACCUCUCUGGCAUUACAUAUGCUAAUUGCCCAGAAAACAGAGCACUGAGGACAUCUCCACCACAAGAGAACUAUCUUCUCACUCUUCGAGCUUUAGAAUCAAGACUACAGAGUGGAUUGACAGUGCUGCAGGAGCUUCAGAGAGAGGAGAGAGUGAAGGAGAGGGUGCUGCAGCAGUCGCUCCGAGCCCUCGCUGGUGUUGUCUCAGAGGGAGAACCUGUCGUCACAUCGCCUGAGCAGGAAGGCCUCGUUGCUCUGUGGGACUGUGACGAUGAGUCAAAGGAUGAAGGCUCGGAUGACAAGAAACAAGACAUGCCAGCAGUGUCUUCAAAACCUCAAGUUGACAAGCUGUGGCAUCGCAUCGCUGAGGAGCGAAUGGUUGUGGGAGUGAUACUCGCCACUGACAGCUCUGUACCAGUGACCGAUGUGACCUUAUCCAUCCUGACAGAGACCAGCCAGAGCUCAACGCCAGUCGUCAUUCAGACCCAGAGCCAAGUCUUCUGUCUCCCUGCUCCUUGCUCUUCAUCCUCAUCUCCCUCCUUAUCUGCCCCCGUGUUCUCAGAGCCCGCAGCCAAAAGAAGCAGGCAGCACAGUGCCAGCAGACCCAAUGAUCUCAAUACAUGCAGACUGGCUGUGACCGCUUCGACCGUCCUAACACCUUUGGUGAACUCUGGCUGUGUCAACUGUCAUGUCUUGCUACAUUACGUCCAGAGACAAGAUGCUUCUGUCCUCAUGAGCGACCACACACAGGCUGUCCUGCAAUGUGGUCAUGUAUCUUUGGACAUCCACAAUGAGUUACAAACCAGAUUGUUGAGAAACCCUGAACUCAAAACAGAUGAGGUUUUGGAGGACUUCCUGAGUCUGAUGGCUGUACUGGACCGCUGGGUCCUUCACAUAGACUCUCCAGAUUACAGUCUUGGUGAUAUAGAUGGCUGGAUUCAGAAGAGAGAGGGCUGUAAAAGGAUAGAAGUGCACCCUCAGUAUCUGCUGAUAAAUUCUGCAGGAACAUCUGCUCCCAUGCUGCUGCACUGGCAUCAGAUAACUCGUUUCCAAGGGGAACUGUUUGUCCACUCCAGGCAGUUACAAAUGCUCCAGUUUCUCGACUCCCUCUUGGCUCACCUCCCCACGUCCUCCUCCAUCCGGCCCAUCAAAGGCACAACGGGACAAGAAGCAGCUCAAAUAUUUUCUUUGGCUCUGGAAAAAGAAGUGGUGGCAGUCAGAGAAUGUGUGUCAUCUCUACUUUGUGACGAAGAGGGAGAGAAGGAGGAGAGGAAGAGCUUUGGAGAGGAAGAGAGCCCCGAUCCAGGCUCCGGCAGGGGGUUACGGAAGGUCAGGGAGAUGUGGCAGCGGGACGUUGAGAGGAGCAAGAUGAGGUUGAGCCCCCUGGUGGAUGUGGGGCGAUAUCGAAGCCAGACCCAAAACAUGUUGAAAGUCCAGCUUGAUGCAGAUUUGGCAGCUCUUUUAGACACCCAGAGGACUUUGUUUAACUAAUAUGCUGCAGAUGUGGUUAAAACUUCCAAAGCCAAGUCAGUAUUUUUGGACAUUUAGAAACUUUAAAGGGGAAAAAAGCCAACUCUUUCAUCGUCAUGUGUAAUCAUCUUGUAUGCUUUGCACAUUUCAGCUGAUAGCUUUAAGCCUGUGCCGCUGUCUGCUCUAUCAGACAGUCUUUCGAGGUCUUACAGCCUUAAUGAUACUGAUGCUGUACUGCUCACAGCCCAGUUUAUGCUUCUGUUCAUGUCCCGUUAGACUGUCUGUGUUCAGAACACACUCUUUAAUCUCUGCUUCUGCUGCAGGAGACGAAGAGAGCGCUUUCAUCCUGGAGUUUGUGUUCUGAAUAAAGACAACAGAUGAUGGUAGAGCAAGGGGUUAUACAUGUGCGUGGCUGGAGUUGACUGAGAGCUUUUAGUAAUUUUCCCCCCUCAUGGUUUAGUUAUUUUCUGGUGAAAUGAUGUACAUAAAAACAGCCCUGUAUUUUUUCCUACUCUGAUGCUACACAGGCUGUCAGCACUGAAAGUUGAAAUGCCAUUCGUUCAAGUAAACAUCAAACCGUAGGAAGAGCUCGGCUUUACUGGAUACUUAAAGUCUGUCAAAGCUUGACCAGUAAUCUUUUAGUAAAACGGCUGGUGUGUUUUUUUUUUUUUGUUCUCCUAGUUGGGAAAGAAAAACAAGCAUGUGCAUGUUUUUGGCUCUGAGAGCUCUUCCUCUGUUCUAGUUCUUAGUUUGCGGAGAGAUAAACCCCCCCUCUGUUGUACCUUUCAUGCCUCUGUGUCAUUGCCACAGCUCUCUUCUGAACAUAACUGACGCAUCAUUUCCCCAAACUGUCCUAUUUUUUGGAUUCUCCGCAUGGUAAAUAAUUCAGCUGUUAAUUAAGAGACUUUUGCAGAAGUCCAAAAUCUUUUUUUAUUGUUUUAGAAUUUAAACGAAGCCUCCGUUAGCUUCUGCUUCUAUAUUCUAACAACUCUAUUUCAGGCAAUAAAACACAUCAGCAAUCUUA